CUUUUCCUSAUGAUCCAGGCUGGCGCUCAGCUCCCAUCAUGAAGCUCCUGAAAGCUGCUGUAAUCUUUCUUCUUGUGCCCACUCUGACGCCGGCUUUGGCGCUGGAGCCGCUCAGUGUKGGUCUGGCUAUCGGCGUGGCCUCGGCGCUCACCGGCUACCUGUCCCACCCCAGGUUCUACUGCAACUACGUGGAGUGCUGCCCCCGCGCCGGGCAGCGCCUCAACGCCAGCGCGCUCAAGGCGCAGCUGGACGACAGGCUCUUCGGGCAGCACCUGGCUAAGGACGUGGUGCUGAAGGCGGUGCUGGGCUUCAGCAACAACCCCAGCCCCAAGAAGCCGCUGAUGCUGUCGCUGCACGGCUGGGCCGGCACCGGCAAGAACUUCCUCAGCCAGAUCCUGGCGGAACACGUCCAUCCCGCCGGCCUGCGCAGCAAGUUCGUGCAUCUCUUCCUGGCCACCCUGCACUUCCCCCACCACGACCAGGUCAAGCUYUACAAGGAGCAGCUGCAGAACUGGAUUCGGGGCAAUGUGAGUGCCUGUCCUUCCUCUGUGUUCAUUUUUGAUGAAAUGGACAAAAUGCAUCCMGGUGUCAUUGAUGCCAUCAAGCCCUUCUUAGACUAUUAUGAGGAGGUUGAUGGGGUGUCCUACAGGAAAGCCAUCUUCAUCUUCCUCAGCAAUGCCGGUGGUGAUUUAAUUAACAAAGCAGCUCUUGACUUCUGGACAAGUGGAAAGCGYAGGGAAGAUAUUCAGCUGAAAGAUCUGGAACCCUUGCUGUCUGUAGGAGUCUUCAACAACAAGAAUAGUGGGCUGUGGCACAGCAGCAUCAUCGACAGGAACCUCAUUGACUACUUUGUCCCUUUCCUGCCCCUGGAGCACAGGCAUGUGAAGAUGUGUGUCAGGGCUGAAAUGACAGCCCGUGGCUAUGUCGUGGAUGAGGACAUUGUUCAGGCAGUGGCUGAUGAGAUGACUUACUUCCCCAAGGAGCAGAAGAUCUACUCUGAUAAAGGCUGCAAGACUGUACAGGCCAAGYUGGAUAUUCACGAAGACCUUGUGAUGAGAGAUACGAAAGCCAGGGUUUGAUUUCCCCUUUGAGUCUCCAGAGCACUUUCAGAGCUUUUGGAAAUCUGUGUAUUUGCACUUAUGCUUUUUUACUGUUGCAGGGAGAAUGGUGAAAAUACCAGAGUGAGCUCUGUGGGCUUGGUAGCUUUUUGUGUUUGUUUUUAGUUUGUUUUUUUUAACUUAACAUAGAAUUGAGAACUUAAAGAUCAUCUWGUGCCACCCUCUGCUAUGGGCAGGGACACUUUCCACUGAAUCAGGUCACUCAUAGUCCCAUCCAGCCUGGCUUUGAAGCACUGUUCAUCUCUGAACUGGCUGGUAUCCAAAUGUUGCCCUYUUUAGUUUUGUUUUAAUCUAUAGAGAAUUUCUAGUGUGACACAGCRCUGGAUACAGCCUCUCUCCUGCUUUUUCUUCUCCCAAGUGCUGGGAUUAUUAGGUAUUUAAUUCCUCUUUCCGCAUAAAAUAGACUGGAGCAAAGGAAAACAGAGGAAUUCUUCCAGGUAGUCAUACUCCCUUGCAUGCUUAUAGUGAAAUGCAGGUGUGUGUGUAUUCUGACUGUGAUCAUAUCUGCAAGGGUGAACUCCUUGGUGCACUGCAGUAAGAAGAUGACAUGGUGGAAGUCUUCGUGUCCUUUCAGCAGAUUAAUACUAUUGUGGCAUCUACAAACAAGCAUUUCAUGGACAGAAGGGCAUKAAUGCAGUUAAUGUCUGAGCUGGGRCAUCAUCCYAUAUCUCCUG